AUGACUUACUCGAAUCCAAUCAUCCCUGGGUUCUCCCCAGACCCUUCAAUCUGCCGGAUUGGGGAUUCUUUCUUUCUGGUCACCUCAAGUUUCCAUCUCUUCCCUGGGCUACCCAUCUAUACAUCCAAGGAUCUGAUCUCAUGGACUCAUAUCGGAAACGCCAUUACCAGACGGUCGCAAGUGUCUUUAGAAAGAGCUACCACAUUCCUGGACCCCUGGGAUGGAACGACCUUGGUGGCCACUGGAGGAUUAUAUGCACCCACAAUCCGCCAUCACAAGGGCAUCACCUACAUCAUUUGUACCAACGUGAUUCAUGGGCCCUCCAAUCUGCCCGGUGAUGAACGAAACGAGCAAUUCAUCAUUCACACAUCGGACAUUCGAUCGGGUCAGUGGUCAGACCCCAUCGUCUUCGACAUUCCGGGGAUCGACCCAUCACUCCUGUUUGACAAUGAUCAUGUGUAUGUCCAACUGUGCAAAGUGGGACCGCAAUUCCAAAUCUACAACAUGGAGAUCGACAUCGAGACCGGCAGAGUCAUCAGAGAACCCACGCUGAUCUUCGAAGGGUGGAAAAGGGGAUUUACCGAGGGACCGCAUGUCUACAUGAAGGAUGGGUGGUACUACUUGCUAGUUGCUGAGGGCGGCACCUUUCAAGAUCAUAUGCUGAGCAUCGCACGAUCUCGGAAUAUCUGGGGUCCAUACGAGUCCUACGAACGAAAUCCACUGUACACAGCCAGUGGGACCGAUCGAUACAUUCAAAACACUGGCCAUGGUGAUUUCUUCCAGGAUCAGACUGGCAAGUGGUGGGCGGUGUUACUGGGUGUUCGCAAGAACCAAGGCCGAUCUAUCAUGGGGCGUGAAACCUUCUUGACGGCAGUCGAGUGGCCUGAAGAUGAGUGGCCGACGGUGAAGCCCCCGGAUUCCGACCAACGCCCCAGCGUUUGCCCCGUAUUGCUUGAUGAGGCAUCACUGGCGCCUUGGGUGCAUCUCCGAGACGCCGUCCUUGAGCGUUACCGGAUUGAAGGCCCCAAGAUCACGUUACAGGCCGACACAGUUGACCUCACCAGUCCCGAUCAGUCUGUCACAUUUGUUGGGCAGCGUCAACGGGCAUUGCAGAGCUCUGCGGCUGUGAGUCUGUCCACGCUGGAUAGUCCCACACUGCGCGCCGGGCUAUGUCUAUACAAGGAUGAACACCGAUUCGUGGCGAUCGAGUAUGAUUCUGGGCUUCAGCGAGUGCAGUUCAAAGCCCUCAAUGGAGCAAGGUCGAUCGAGCAGACCGAGAUUUACAACAUUACCUUGCAAGGGCUCAUCUCCUUCCGGAUCGACUACGAUGAAUUUUCGGUGAAAUUCUCAUUCCGGGCCGAUGAAGGCGACUGGCAGUGCACAUCGGUAUUUGACACGGCCGAUUUGACAGACAAUGACUUUACUGGUCCCAUCAUUGGGGUCUUUGCUAUUGGAGAUGGGAUGGCGGAAUUCAAUGGUUUCCAAAUCGACGCUAUGUAA